CUUACCGAGACGUUUGUGUCUUGCUUAUUAGGUGUUGUUUAUCGUCAAAUCCUAACUUUGAAACAGUGUCCCUAAGUUUCAUAACUUAAAUUUAUACACCCUCCGAAGGGGUUGCGAUGUGCACAUAUAAUUUUGCAAUAAUAAUAUGUCGGCGUGGUAUUGGCGGAUGAUUGCAUUGAAAGCGGCAUUUGUGCUUACAUGUUUUGUAUCAUAUAUUCGAACUGAUACGAUUCAGAAGUUGCCUUUUUGUAAUCCUCAUGCAGCAAAGGAUGCACCUAUUUAUAAUGAUUUGGUGAUUGUGAGCUCACUUGAUGGAAGGGUCACAGCAUUCUCUACAGAAGAUGGAAUCAAAGUCUGGGCAUUGGAAACCCAGCCAUUGCUUUCAUCUAAUUUACAUCAUGUUGAGCUCACAUCAAGUGGGAAAUGGGUUCGGCUAGUGCCAUCCCUACGCGGCAGUCUGUACAGCCUGAGCGGGGACUCGAUAGAGCCUUUGCCUUUUGACGCUGAACAGCUGCUGUCUGCCUCAUUCAAAUAUUCCGAAGACCUGGUUAUAGCCGGCGCUAGAGAAACGUUAUGGGUCGGCGUAGAUGCGCACAACGGGAAAGUCGUUUACGAAUGUAGCUCCAGUGGAUGCAACAGCGAACAGCAAACGGCGAGAGCGGGUCGGGACGUUCUGGUAUUGAGGAGACAUUCCAACACGGUGCGAGCUUUGGACCCACGCUCCGGAACUGAGAAAUGGAACUUCAGCGUAGCAGAACACCAGAUGGCUUUAAGUCGCAGAGAAUGUGCAGGUACCGCGGGACCACCAAGCCCGGUCGCAAUCGCUGUCGCUUUACCAGAGGGAGUCGUCGUCGUGAGGAGAUCAGACUCGAGCCUACCAUUGUGGCAACAUAAGCUAGACGCCCCGGUAUCAAACAUGUGGAGGCUUCAAGGAGGACUGUUAGAACAUAUGGAUGUGCUGUGGGAGGCCGCUCAAGCUAUUGCAGAGUUGAACCCUCCCGUACCCUCGCUGUACUUAGGGGUUCACAAUACACAGCUAUACAUCCAAGAGAGCGUCCUAUACGCGCAGAAGAUGAAAACCGCUUUAUCGCCUAAACCUAUGCCUUGGAAGCUGAAGCAAUCCACACCACUGCUUGCUGACAGUGAUACAGCUCUCUUACCGCCACACGACGUCGAAUCUAACGACCUGUCUGCUGUGGCUUUACACGGAAACUUUGGAAAGAAAGAUAACACUGGCUUCUUCCUCUACCUCCAGCAAACUUGCGACCAAUCAGUCCAAGUUGACGGAGACUUAUUCGACGACCCCGACGUUGUCCCACCGAACAGUAGCGACGACCAACCCGACGACCACCAUCACGUACACGUCCACGUAUACUCUCUAUGGUUCUGGUGGAAAGAGGUCCUACUCAUAGCAGUCAGCUCCGCAUUAUUAAUGAACUUAAUGAUCUGGCCAAGAUUUUUCGCCCCCAAACUAAGGCCCACUACCCCUUUGCCCCUGAAUCAGGAGUACAUAGUCGUGGAAAGACAUUACGAAAGACCUCCGUCUAAUAACGGCACGGAAUAUUCCGGAAGGUACGAGAACGAUUUCACCCCGUUGAGGUGUUUGGGCAAAGGGGGAUUCGGUGUGGUUUUUGAGGCGAGAAAUAAUAUUGAUCAUUGCUCGUAUGCCGUAAAGCGAAUAACUCUGCCGAAACGGGAAUCGAAACGUGAGCGUGUGUUACGCGAAGUGCGUGCUCUAGCGAAGUUGGAACAUGAGCACAUUGUCCGUUAUUUCAACGCGUGGCUGGAAGAACCCCCACCGAACUGGCAGGAACAGAGAGACUCCUACUGGAUGAGCCAAUUAGGUGGUGUAUCGGUUGUUAUGUCUGAAGACUAUACCUCGCCCGCGUCUCCGGCCGAAAAGUCCCCUGCAAAGGGCGGCAGUGUCACGCUCAACCUUCCGAAGUCUGUAGAUGAUUGUAUAGACGCUUUGGACUAUGAGAAAAAACUCUCCGAACCUAGAAGGCACCGAUCUCUCAGUUGCAACGACUCGUUCAGCAUUAUAUUCAGUGAGAACGCUUCCAAAGACGCCCAUCUGACGACGGCAACGCCCACAAAACGUUUCUGCGGUGACGUCACAAGUCCGAAUAUGCUGUCAAAAAACGUCAGGAGCGGAGACAACGAUGACUCUUUCAUAGUUUUCGCGAAUUCCCAGAAUCCGUCAGAACAUUCUAGUGGCUUCUCUGAAGCGAGAAAAGACGUGUCCAAUAAGAUAUUGGAGAAAGUUAAGGAAAGCGACAGUUUUGGUAAAGACGGCAGUAAGAAGAAAAAGAAGGGUCACACACGUCACUGGUCUUUAGACAUGUGUGUCCGCGCUCCGCAAGAAGCUGGCGUGGUGGGCGGCAGUAAAAUGUAUCUUUACAUUCAGAUGCAACUGUGUCGUAGAGAAAGUUUACACGAUUGGCUUAGGAGCAACCGCACCUGGGAAGUUAGGAGAGAUCAGAUCAAAACCCUGUUCAGUCAGAUAGUAUCGGCAGUGGAGUACGUUCAUCUUGCAGGCCUCAUACAUAGAGACCUCAAACCCAGCAAUAUAUUCUUUGCUCCAGAUGGUAAAGUCAAAGUUGGAGACUUCGGUCUUGUUACCACUAUGACGGAAAACUCUCAAGAUGGUGAAAGUCCCCAAGAGAUAAACGCGCAUGCCAGUCACACGCAUAGAGUUGGUACCCAUCUCUAUAUGUCUCCUGAGCAACUCCUCGGUCGUCCGUACAGUUACAAAGUGGACAUCUACUCUCUUGGUCUGGUUUUGUUUGAGCUCUUGCACCCGUUCGGCACGGAGGCUGAGCGGGUAUCGUGCUUAAUGCGGCUGAAAAAUGGAAACUAUCCAGAACCUUUCCAGCAGAGCUAUCCUAAUGAGACGGAAGUGUUAAAGUUAAUGCUGUCUGACGACCCGACGCAAAGACCAACAGCCAGCGGCGUCAAGGCUCGCGCCCCUCUAUACCAGUGUACGGACGAACAGUUCCACUUCACCCUACCAACAUUCGUCACCUGUUGAGCUUUUGAGAAAAGGAAUUUUCUUUGAAUGGUUAUAAAAAUUUAACCAAGAACGCUUCUAUAGCAUGCGCGAUCCAUAACGGCGGACAGAAGUGAGAUACGAGUUGGUGAAAGACAAGAUAUUGUACGUAGUUCAUGCAAGUAUCGAAGAGCCAACUUACAUCGUGCUUCAAGUAAUAUAGUGCGAUCUAGUACAUCUGUAGGUAUACCUAAAGGUGUUUGAAUUAUUUCAAGGCCACUAUUCGUUUUUGGGAAACCAGCAAUAUUACUUUGACAGUCUACUUCGCCGCGACGUGUCACUAAAGAUACUGUAGUAUUUAGAUAUGUGGAAUAUCUAAUGUCUAUCUAUAUGUAUAUAAAUAUCUAUUGGUCAACCCCCAACUAGGUGGACAGACGACAUCAAACGUGUCGUGGGGAGCCUCUUGGUACACGCGGCCCAGAAUCGUGGAGUUUGGAAUGCCCUACAAAAGACCUAUGUCCAGCAGUGGACGUGAAUCGGUUGAUUUGAAGAUGAUGGUGAUAAUAUCAAUUGCUGUCUCUUGGCAAUUUAACUUGUUUUUUCGUCACGGAAAAUGGACUAACGCUCUCCCGUGCCGUGUCUGUAAUGGAAAUGUGAUCAUGAUAUGUCAUCUUGAAAUGGGUGCUGCACUCGGGACUGGCUCCCGACGCGGAACUCUUCAACGAAUAACAGCACAGACUCGAUAUUUUUUUAUACACACCGUUUUCAUUCUAGCUUGCCUUAUAAUGGGAACAAACUUUUCAUUACUUCUUUUUUUUUUUUAUUUCACUACAAGAUAGCCCUUGACUGC